GCACCGAGGAAGGAAUAAAUCUCUCGCUCAAUGUGUGAGAUUCUCUCCCCUGUCCGGCAGAUUUACUCUCCUCACUUCUCUUCCUCUUUCUUCUCUCCACCCCUCGGCAUUACACAGGGGCCAGCUUUAGACCAGCUCACACAGCUAAUCCAUACUAUAAGAGCCAAAAGCUGCAGCUCUGACUUCAGGUCAGCUGUGGAGCCCAGUUUGAGUCCAGGGAAGUUUGGAAGUCACCAUGGUGGAGAGCAUGGACAUGGAGAAGCAGCACAAGCGUUACUGCAUCCGCGGUAAGCAUGCAGCCAUCAUCUGUGCCACGGUGGUGGUGUGCUCUUUGGUGGUGGGCCUCGGGGUGGGUCUUACCAGGUCAGACGCCAACACUACUACUACUCCCUCCACACCAGCCCCCACAGCAGGGCCCACACCAGCCCCCACAGCAGGGCCCACACCAGCCCCCACAGCAGGGCCCACCAAUCCACCUCCAGCUGGCAGAGGGCCCUGCUUGCCUUCGGCUGACUCCAAUGGAGACUGGAAGAACUUCCGUCUACCAAGCUACGUGAACCCGGUCCACUAUGACCUGCACCUGGAGCCAGACCUGGAGCAGGACACCUACACGGGCACUGUGGACAUCCACCUGGAAGUCAGCAAGCCCACCCGCCACCUGUGGCUUCACAUCAGGGAGACGUUUGUCAGCGCCAUGCCCAGGCUGAGCGUGCAGAGUGGUCCGGCGGACCGGAGGGAGGUGGCUGUGAAGGGCUGCUUUGAUUACGCCAGUCAGCAGUACGUGGUGGUGGAGGCCGCCGAGGAGCUGCCCGCCACCGGCCCAGGAGAGGUGUACGUGCUCACUUUGGACUUCCAGGGCUUUCUCAACGGAUCUGUGGUGGGAUUCUACCGGGUCAUCUACAUCGAGGGUGGGGUCACUAAAAAGAUUGCUGCAACUGAUCAUGAACCAACAGAUGCCCGCAAGUCUUUUCCCUGCUUCGAUGAACCCAACAAGAAAGCCACCUACAAAAUCUCCAUCACUCAUGAUGAUAACUAUGGAGCUCUGUCCAACAUGCCGCCUCAGGGCGCCCCUGAACAACUGCCUGGCAAUAAACUGAAGACCUCCUUUGAGAAAUCUGUUCCAAUGAGCACUUAUUUGGUAUGUUUUGCUGUGCACCAGUUUGAUCAUUUGGAAAGAACUUCUGCCCAAGGAAUUCCUUUGAGAAUAUACGCCCAGCCAAGUCAGUUAAAAACUGCAGAGUAUGCAGCUGACACAACCAAGGUCAUCUUUGACUACUUUGAAAAAUAUUUCAACAUGAAUUACUCCAUCCCAAAGCUUGAUAAGAUAGCCAUCCCUGACUUUGGCACUGGUGCCAUGGAAAACUGGGGCCUGAUCACCUACCGGGAGACCAACCUCCUGUACGAUGCUAACCAGUCCUCGUCCUACAACAAGCAGCGAGUGGCCAGUGUCAUCGCCCAUGAGCUGGUCCACCAGUGGUUUGGGAACAUUGUGACCAUGGAUUGGUGGGAUGACCUCUGGCUGAAUGAGGGCUUUGCCAGUUUCUUUGAGUACGUUGGUGUGGAGAAAGCUGAACCCAGCUGGGGCAUGCGAGACAUCAUGAUCAUCAGUGAUGUGCUUCCUGUCAUGGUGGACGACGCCCUCCUGUCCUCUCACCCCAUCAUCGUGGACGUGUCCACCCCAGCAGAGAUCACUUCUGUGUUUGACGGCAUCUCAUACAGCAAGGGAGCGUCCAUUCUCAGGAUGUUGGAGGACUGGAUGGGUAAAGACUUGUUCAGAGACGGAUGUCGAAAAUAUUUGAAAGACUACCACUUCAAGAACGCCAAAACAGCAAACUUCUGGGCAUCUCUGGCCAACGUGAGUGGGUUGCCGGUUGCAGACGUGAUGGAUACAUGGACCAAACAAAUGGGUUAUCCUGUGCUGGAUCUCACUGUCACAGAGGCAAACGCCAAACUGAGUCAGAAGAGAUUCCUCCUGAAUCCUAAUGCUGAUCCCAACCAACCCCCUUCACCUCUGGGGUACAAGUGGACAAUUCCAGUCAAAUGUCACUCUGUGAAAAGCGACAAAAAUAUGUUGGUAAUAUUUGACAAGAGCAGCACAGAGCUUCCCGUCAUGAACUACUCUCCCUCUGUGGACGGGCUGCUGAAGGUGAACAAUGAUCACAUUGGAUUCUACAGAGUUAACCACGACAACCUCAUGUGGAACGCUAUCAGUGAACAGCUUCUAAACAACCACCUG